UGUACAGCAAUCUUCUGGCAGAGCUGAGAAUCUCUUAUCCCCUGCUCUAAAAUUAAGUGCUGUUGGGCUUUCAGCCAGAGCAGUAUUCUUUAAAGAAUUUGCUAGGCAUUGAUUUUCAGAGAUCAUUAUUUAUCCUCUGAAAGGUAAAGGUUAAAGUUUACCUUUUGCUGUUAAUGUAACUGUGGUUGGCAUGUUUGCAUAAGCAGCCAGCUCUUGUCAAAUUAGGAAAUCCACAUCGGGAUUUUAUCAGUGGUGGAGAAACUUGGAGGGCACCAUCCUAAAAACACUUGUGCCAACUGAAACUGCAACACAGUUCCCCUCCCACAAACUCUGGGCUGUCCUGUACAGUGUUCAGGAGGACAAAUCAUUCACAUAGAAGUGACCACAUAUUGAAGACCUCGUGCAGUGAAUGUUGAGAAUAUUAGAGAGACAAUCUUUAAAUAAUAAAAAGGCCAGAUGACAGUUUGAGGGUGUGCUAAGUAGCAGAAAGGAGAGCUCAUUCUGCUGCUGGCAGAGUCUGGAAGAAUCAGUGUUUUAUCCCAGUUGGCUCCAGGAUGUCCUUUCUGGAAGUCUUGCUCUGUGUCCUGUUCCUGGGCAGCGGAUCCCUGGGUGAAAAAGGAGCUCUAAAACCCAACUGCAGUGGAGUUGAGAACUUUCAGGCCUGCCUGGGUAACACAACUCAAUUCUGUCCUACUGAUUUUCCUUGUCUGUGUAAAAAUGAAGAACCUUUCUGCAGAUGUAAUUACUUCAGAGUGGGCUGGAAGGACUACUGGUACAUGGGCCCCAAAUGUAACCACCUUUGGAACACUCUAGAUUUCAUUUUAGUGGCUACUGUUCCUGCAGUAGCACUGGUUAUCAUAGUGACUGUAAUAUUUUCCUGUUUCUACUGCUGUAAAAGUGAAAAACCUGGGAAGCAGCCAAACUCUCCCUACCUUGAGGCACAGCACAACCCUGCCUUCAGUGCUGACACACCCACCCACCUGGGGCACAGGUACCCACAGCCACCCAGGGAUCAGGAUGGCUGGGGUGGGCAAAUUCCAAAAGCUUCACUGAGAAGACAAGAUUUUGAUGAAAUCUCAAUCCCAAGCCAAAGAGGGAAUUACAGUUCCAUGUAUUCUCAGCCCCUGAGGAGACCAGAUCCAACCACAGACCGCUUCUCUCUGCCCAGGCCCCAGUGGGAAGGAUUUGACUAUCCCAGCAAGAAUUUGCCUCCUGCAGAUUAUGCAGGGGGGAGACAAUAUCAGAGAUACUAAGAACAAGUGCUUGCUAUAUCAGAAAUAUCUUGGAAUGCUGCUGAUCACUGGGAAAUCCAGAUGCUGAGAGAGCAGUGAGACCCUGUGGAUUGGGACACAGAGGAAUUGGCCAUCACUAUUAGAAAGCACUAAAAGUUAUUGCAAAGAAAAGGUACAGAAGAAAAUUAUAAACCAAAACAUGAUAUUACAUGAUCUUAGCACCUGAUUGUUUACUCUGUAAUUGGUGACAACUCUUUGUGAAUGCCUGACAUCACAGUUCCCAGAGCUGCUGCUCAGUAUUGCUGAGGUGGUUGCACAUCUGUUGGGACACAGGUUCUUUGGGAUUAACCUCGUGCCCUGUGCCUAAAUGACAAGAAGUCCCUGUCACAAGAAGCUGCCUCAGAAGACACUCAUGCUGUUUACAGGGCCAUGAAUUUCUCUUAGCUCUAAUUUUGAAGAUUCUUCAGGGCACUGUAGCAAGUAGAGCCUGCUGUACCCUGACUGACACUGCUUCACUUUUCCUCUUAAAGGCCAAUAUUUAAA